UGUUAUAUUUGACUGAUUUUUGAAUAAUUAAUUGUUUUUAAAAAAAUGGCUAUAACAUUGUGUAAACUGUCAAGAUUCUCAAGAUGUUAUAAAUAUUUAAAAAAUUAUGAUAAUUUAAUACCUAAUAAUCGUUCAUUGUUAUUUUGUACAAUAGCACAACAACCAAAGUCAAGAAAUUUAUUAAAAAUCGGCAUUAUUGGUGCAUCUAUCGGUAUAAUUGCUGGAACAGGUUAUUCUUUUUAUAAAAUUAGUGAAGAAAGAAAAAAUUUAUCAUUAGAUGGAACAACAUCUGCAAAUUUUAUUCAAAUAUUGAAACAUAAACCACCCAUUACACCAUCUAGGAAGGUUAUAUUUCCUGUCAAUACAACUGAACUCAAACUUACGUUGUUUCAAUAUCAAACAUGUCCCUUUUGUUGUAAAGUCAGGACUUUUCUGGAUUAUUAUGGAAUAUCUUAUGAUGUCGUUGAAGUUGAUCCAGUAUUGCGAAAAGAAAUUUCUUGGUCUUCUUAUAGAAAAGUACCGAUACUUCUUGUUCAAACGAAAGAUGGUUAUCAACCUUUAAACGACAGUUCGAUGAUAAUAUCAUUACUUUCAUCUUAUAUGCGAGAUCAAUCUCAAAAUGUUUCCGAAUUGGUUGAAUUUUAUCCAAACAUUGGUAUGCACGAUGAUAAAGGAAAAUUUAAAUAUGAAAUAAUGAAUAAAUAUUUCUUAAUGUAUAAUCAAAUGCCUAAAAAUGUUACGCUGAACACUAUAGUAGAAGAACGUAAAUGGAGACAGUGGGCUGAUGAUGUGUUAGUUCAUACACUUUCACCUAAUGUAUAUAGAACAUUGAACGAAUCUUAUGAAACUUUUGAAUGGUUUUCUGAGGUUGGUCAAUGGAAAGAAUAUUUUCCAACAUGGGAAAGAAUAUUAAUAGUUAACGUAGGAGCAUGUGCUAUGUGGUUGAUUGGAAAACGUUUGAAGAAGAGGCACAAAUUAAAGGAAGAUGUUCGUCAAUCAUUGUACGACGAAGUUAAUAAAUGGUUAAGAGAAAUACGUGCUAAUAAAACGACAUUUAAAGGUGGUGAAAAUCCAGAUCUUUCUGAUCUUGCAGUAUAUGGUAUUUUAAAAAGUAUUGAAGGAUGUACUGCUUUUAAAGAUUUAUUAAAUAAUACAAAAUUAUCUACGUGGUAUAAUGCUAUGAAAGAAAGAGUUGAUUCAUAUGCUGGACAUGAGCUUGUAAAUGGUUAAUUUAUUUAUAUAUAAUAUCUAUAUAAAGAAAGUAUUGUUAUUUAAAUCUAUUUUCUUGAAAAGAACA